UACCGGGGAGACCCGUGCCGCCGGAGAUGCCGCGGCUCGCCGCGCCGUGCCUGCGCCUGUGGCUCUGCCUGGGAUUCCUCGACGGCCUGGUGAGUGGCUACUCCAUGACCCCCCCGACCCUGAACGUCACAGAGGACCAGUACAUCAUCGACACGAGUGACAGCCUCUCCAUCUCCUGCAGUGGGCAGCACCCCCUGGAGUGGGCCUGGCCAGGAGCUCAGGAGGCACCAGCCACUGGGGAGAAGGACAGCGAGGACACAGGGGUCGUACGGGACUGUGAGGGCACAGAUGCCAGGCCCUACUGCAAAGUGCUACUGCUGACCGAGGCCCACGCCAACAACACAGGCAGCUACCGCUGCUACUACAAAUACAUCAAGGCCCGGAUCGAGGGCACCACAGCUGCCAGCACCUACGUGUUUGUGAGAGACUUCGAGCAACCGUUCAUCAGCAAACCUGACACACUCCUGGUCAACAGGAAAGACUCCAUGUGGGUGCCCUGCCUGGUGUCCAUCCCCGGCCUCAACGUCACACUGCGCUCGCAAAACUCGGUGCUGCGGCCCGAUGGGCAGGAGGUGGUGUGGGAUGACCGCCGGGGCAUGCAGGUGCCCACGCCGCUGCUGCGCGAUGCCCUGUACCUGCAGUGUGAGACCUCCUGGGGCGGCCAGGAUUUCCUUUCCAACCCCUUCCUGGUGCACAUCACAGGCAAUGAACUCUAUGACAUCCAGCUGUUCCCUAAGAAGUCACUGGAGCUGCUGGUUGGGGAGAAGCUGGUCCUGAACUGCACCGUGUGGGCUGAGUUCAACUCGGGCGUCACUUUCGACUGGGAUUACCCAGGGAAGCAGGAAGAGCGGGGUAAGUGGGUACCUGAGCGGCGCUCCCAGCAGACUCACACAGAACUCUCCAGCAUCCUGACCAUCCACAACGUCAGCCAGCACGACCUGGGGCCCUACGUGUGCGAGGCCAACAAUGGCAUCCAGCGAUUCCGAGAGAGCACAGAGGUCAUCGUGCAUGAAAAGCCCUUCAUCAGCGUGGAGUGGCUCAAAGGACCUGUGGUGGAGGCCACAGCAGGUGAUGAACUGGUGAAAUUGCCUGUGAAGUUGUCGGCGUACCCCCCACCGGAAUUCCAAUGGUACAAGGACAAAAAGGCAGUGGCCGGGCGCCACAGUCCACAUGCCUUAGUGUUCAAGGAGGUGACGGAGGCCAACGCGGGCGUCUACACCCUGGCUCUGUGGAACUCUGCAGCGGGCCUACAGCGCAACAUCAGCCUGGAGCUGGUUGUGAAUGUGCCCCCCCACAUCCACGAGAAGGAGGCCUCCUCCCCCAGCAUCUACUCCCGCCACAGCCGCCAGACCCUCACCUGCACAGCCUAUGGGGUACCCCCACCUCUGGGCAUCCAGUGGCAUUGGAGGCCUUGGACACCCUGCAAGACCUUUGCCCAGCGCAGCCUCCGGCGGCGACAGCAACGAGAUCGCAUGCCACAGUGCCGGGACUGGAGGCAGGUGACCAUGCAGGACGCUGUGAAUCCCAUUGAGAGCCUGGACACCUGGACAGAGUUUGUGGAGGGCAAGAAUAAGACGGUGAGCAAGCUGGUGAUCCAAGAUGCCAACGUGUCUGCCAUGUACAAAUGUGUGGUCUUCAACAAGGUGGGCCAGGAUGAGCGGCUCAUUUACUUCUAUGUGACCACCAUACCAGAUGGCUUCAGUAUCGAAUCAGAACCCUCUGAGGAGCCCUUAGAGGGUCAGUCUGUGCGCCUCAGCUGCCGGGCAGACAACUACACGUACCAGCAUCUGCGCUGGUACCGCCUCAACCUGUCCACGCUGCACGACGCCCACGGGAACCCGCUCCUGCUCGACUGUAAGAACGUGCACCUGUUCGCCACGCCUCUGGAUGCCAGCCUGGAAGAGGCAACGCCCGGGACGCGCCAUGCCACACUCAGCCUCAACAUCCCCCGGGUGGCGCCUGAACACGAAGGCGAUUAUGUGUGUGAGGUUCAAGACCGGCGUAGUCAGGACAAACACUGUCACAAGAAGUACCUGUCAGUGCAGGCCCUGGAAGCUCCUCGGCUCACACAGAACCUGACAGACCUCCUGGUGAAUGUAAGCGAUUCCUUGGAGAUGAGAUGCGCAGUGGCCGGGUCACACGUGCCCAGCAUUGUGUGGUACAAAGAUGAAAGGCUGCUGGAAGAAGAAUCUGGAAUCGACCUAGCUGACUCCAACCAGAAGUUGAGUAUCCAGCGGGUGCGUGAGGAGGACGCCGGCCACUAUCUCUGCAGCGUGUGCAACGCCAAAGGCUGCGUCAACUCCUCUGCCAGCGUGGCUGUGGAAGGCUCCGAGGAUAAAGGCAGCAUGGAGAUCAUUAUUCUCAUCGGCACCGGAGUCAUCGCUGUCUUCUUCUGGGUCCUUCUCCUCCUCAUCUUCUGUAACAUGAGGAGGCCGGCCCAUGCGGACAUCAAGACCGGCUACCUGUCCAUCAUCAUGGACCCUGGGGAGGUGCCUCUGGAGGAGCAGUGUGAAUAUCUGUCCUAUGAUGCCAGCCAGUGGGAGUUCCCCCGGGAGCGGCUGCACCUUGGGAGAGUUCUAGGCCAUGGGGCCUUCGGGAAGGUGGUGGAAGCCUCGGCUUUCGGCAUCAGCAAAGGCAGCAGCUGUGACACAGUGGCUGUGAAGAUGCUGAAAGAGGGCGCCACAGCCAGUGAACACCGUGCCCUGAUGUCUGAACUCAAGAUCCUAAUCCACAUUGGCAACCACCUCAACGUGGUCAACCUCUUGGGGGCGUGCACCAAGCCCAGCGGCCCACUCAUGGUCAUAGUGGAGUUCUGCAAGUACGGCAAUCUCUCCAACUUCUUGCGUGCCAAGAGGGACACCUUCAGUCCUUAUGCAGAGAAGUCUCCUGAGCAACGAAGGCGCUUCCACGCCAUGGUGGAGGGAGCCAAGACUGAUGGGAGGAGAGCCGGAAGCAGCGACAGAGCGCUCUUCGCCCGCCUCCUGAUGGGCAAGGGAGGGGCAGGGCGGGUUCCUCCUGUCCAAGAAGUGGAGGACCUGUGGCUGAGCCCCCUCACCAUGGAAGACCUUGUCUGCUACAGCUUCCAGGUGGCCCGAGGAAUGGAGUUUCUGGCCUCUCGCAAGUGCAUCCACAGAGACCUGGCCGCUCGGAACAUCUUACUGUCAGAGAGCGAUAUAGUGAAGAUCUGUGACUUUGGCCUCGCCCGCGAUAUCUACAAAGACCCUGACUAUGUCCGCAAGGGCAGCGCUCGGCUGCCCCUGAAGUGGAUGGCCCCGGAGAGCAUCUUUGAUAAAGUGUACACCACACAGAGCGACGUGUGGUCCUUCGGGGUAUUGCUCUGGGAGAUUUUCUCCCUGGGGGCCUCCCCAUAUCCUGGGGUGCAGAUCAAUGAGGAAUUCUGCCAGCGACUGAAAGAAGGUACCCGGAUGAGGGCUCCGGAGCUGGCCACUCCCGCCAUACGCCGUAUCAUGCUGAGCUGUUGGUCUGGAGACCCCAAAGCAAGGCCUGCUUUCUCAGAGUUGGUGGAGAUCCUAGGGGACCUGCUUCAGAGUGGGGGCCUGCAGGAGGAGGAGCAAGACUGCAUGGCCCGCUGUGGCUCCCAAAGCUCGGAGGAGGGCGGCUUCCUGCAGACGUCCACCACAGCCCUGCAUGUGGCUGAGGCCGAGGCAGAGGACAGCCCUCCCAGCAUGCAUCGCCACAGCUUGGCCGCCAGAUACUACAACUGUGUGUCCUUUCCUGGAUGCCUGGCCCGAGGGGCUCAGACAGAGGGUUCCUCCAGGAUGAAGACGUUUGAAGAAUUUCCCAUGACCCCUACCACCUAUAAAGCGUCGGUGGACAACCAGACAGACAGCGGAAUGGUGCUGGCUUCGGAGGAGUUUGAGCGGAUAGAAAGUAGACAUAGACAAGAAGAUAGCUUCAGCAGCUGUAAAGGACCUGGCCAGGAUGUGGAUGACAGCCGGGCACACCCUGACCUCCAGGGGAGGCGGCGGAGGACCAACCGGGGUGGAGGACAAGCGGGCCAGGGGUUCUAUAACACGGAGUACGGGAAGCUUUCACAACCGUGUGAGGAGGCCUGCCACACCCCAUCGGGGGGUGCGCCCUUCUUCACAGACAACGGCUACUAAGGCAACACUGGCAACACCUCCUUGUCCCUUGAGUUCUGAAAUCUGGGGGGUGGGGGAAGAAGGGGACAUCCCUGCCAAGGGUGAACAAGAGGGUCGGAGAUCCAGGCUGGGAAUGCAUCUCCCCUGACACCAGCCUGGGAGGCAUUUCCUCUUCCUUCUGUACAGCUUCCAUAGCUGGGAAGAGCCGGACGUCAAGUUCAAGGGCUCCCCUGAACUCUGCCACAAGACCUGUCCCAGGCCACCCUUGGCUCUAUCUCUCCUUCAGAUUCAACCACCAUUUAGCUGGUCCCUGGGCUAGGCACUUCAAGGCCUCUGCAGUAGCUCUUUUGUAUCACCGAGUGUGAGCCACGUGGUUCCUGUACUCCUGUAUGACACACGCGCACGUGAGUGAGGCUGAAGAGUUGCAGAGUGACUGAGGUAGAGCUAGAUUUGAGCCACCAUCUUAUAGUCCUUUUUCCAGCAGCCACCCAUUCCCAUGGAGAAGGACUAGAAGCAGGUGGCUAUCUCUCAAGCACUGAAGAGAGCAUACCACAUUUCCAUCCCAGUGUCACCCCAAUGAAGAGUUGGGGACCGGGGUGGGGUAGGGGAGGUUCCUCUCCUGCAUGAAACUAUUGGGAGUGGCCAGGCCAGGGACCAACCCUUGUUGGACAUUGAACUCAAUGGCAUCUGAAUUGGCCGAGAAGCUCACGGGGUAGCUUUUUGUAUGGGAUGAGCCAGUUACAAAGCAUGAAGCAGAGUCUCCACCCCGAGAACUGAAGAGAACCGUUGAACAGAUUCUUUUUAUUUUUAUUAUUUUUCAGUUAGAAGGUUAGAGACUAUUUCAGCUGCUGUGAAGAAUUUACUUUUCAAAACUUCAGGUGGAAGGGAAGCCCCAUGAAUCUAGAUUUUGUUUGUUUUUUUUGCCCCCCAAAGUCAGAGGCCUUCAGCACAGACACCUCGGUUAACACCUGUCUCUUUUUGAGAAGGUUCCUUAGCUCCCACCUGGCUGGCCAAGAACCUAAAACCCAACUCGUUCUACAGCUGCCCUGUGUGAUUCUUUCCCCUUGUUCUGGGGACCUCCGUGUUCUCCGAGAGACAAAUUCCAAUGGUUUCACUGAGGAAGGCUUCGAGUGUCACAGAGAACAGUUACCCCAUAGCACUCUUCUAUCCAUGGGCAUGCCUGUAGCCCUUUAAGGACACUGCUUUCUGCCUUCCCUUUGCCUGGGCUGGCAUCUUUGUCCUCAAAGUGGGGAAGGGCCGAGAGGCCCUCCCUCCCCCUGGAGUCACUCUGUGCAAACCUCCCAGCCAUCUCCCAACAGGAAGCUCUUCAUCUCCAUUAGUAACAAGGAGAUGGUUCCUCCCAUCCCCACCCCCAUCCCCACAAGACGUUUGCAGGACAGACGUCCAUGCAGCGAGCAGGGACUUGCUAGGAAGACCCUCCCUACCGAGCGUGUUGUGAUGCCAUGAAUUCAGGGAUGACCGUUGGGUUAACCACCCACAUCCGCCCCUUCCUCUGCAUGCCACCUGCCACGUGGGGACUUGCAUCAAGGCUUAACAGAGACUCAAAGGACCAAAGCCACCCAUGUGGGUGCAGGACUCAGCUUGUCCUGUGGUAUAUACUACCUGUUUGUGUCCCCCCUCCCCUUCCUGCCAUAUAACUGUACCCCCCCAAAAAAAAUGUACUGGGGAAGAAAACUUACUAUGCCUUUGUAGACAAUGUUCUCUGAAAAGAUUUAAAAUAUUUAACAGAAGAUAAUAAUACAUUUGAUGCCAGUCUUUUGAGUUACAACGAGUGGACG